AUGGGAUGGGACUUUCUCGGAGCAGUCUUAGACGGCGACAUACAGCCAAAUGACAUUGUUCUCAUGUGCACUCUUGACAGUACUCAGGUCUUCGAGGAUAAGGAUUCCGAUUGCUGGGUCUAUGUAUGGAUUGUCGUGAAUCUACCGCCCGACAAACGAUACCACAAGGUUCAUAUCCUUCCAGGCGGCUUCAUCCCCGGUCCCAAAAAGCCGAAGAAUCUCAAUUCUUUUCUCUUUCCUGGCUUUGGUGCUUUGGCGGCAGUGCAACGCGAGGGGCUGCGAUACUAUGAUGCUCACUGGAAGGAUGUCUUCUCUGGGAACCUCUACUUCCUCUAUCCACUAGCUGAUGGACCUGGGCUGGUCUAUGUUGAUGGUUUGAAUGGCCACAGUGGCUACCUUAACUGUCGAAUGUAUUGUGGUGUCAAGGGAAGACGGUAUGGACAAGAGUCUCACUACUAUCCUGUUCUCAUCAAGCCCCGUGAUCGAGCCGGUGAGGGAAGUAACCACGAGGAUGUUUCUAUACAACACCUUCCUUUACCAGCAAACCCCGCAUACUAUGAUAACCUCUACAGAUUGACCGCCGCCCGAGACAUGAACACAUUCAAAGAACUACGCAGGGAUACUGGCAUCAAGAAACCUCCGCUUUUACUAGGACUGUCACCCGCUCGGUCGCUUGGUGUGCCGAACUGCAUGGCACCAGACUCAAUGCAUCUUGUCUUGAACAUCUCGAAACUCAUGCUCUCACUCUGGUGUGGCACCAUCAAGUGCCAUCAUGCUGACAACAAGGAAACUUGGGACUUUGCUGUAUUCUUGGAUAAGGCUCAGUGGGAUGCUCAUGGUGAAAGCAUUGGUAAUGCCGGGUGCCGUACUCCCCGCUUGUUUGAUGCAAAACCUCGUAACAUUGCACAGAAAGGUAAUACAGACUACAAGACCUGGGAGCACUACAUAUACGUGUUUGCUUAUGCACCUGGGCUUCUCUAUCGGGUGCUUCCUGAGCGCUACUGGCUCAAUCUCUGCAAGCUUGUCCGUGGCUUUCAGCUCCUUUGUCAGUACUCGAUUACCGCAUCUCAAAUCACUCAGGCAGCAACUCUCUUGGAUGAAUGGCAACACGAGUUCGAAGAGAUCUAUUAUCAGGGACUCGAAUGCCGGCUCCACUUAAUUGCACCGUGCGUCCAUCAGGUUCUCCAUUUGGCCUACAAAGUAGUGCGUAAAGGCCCCCCUAUUUGCUACUCUCAGUGGGCUAUGGAACGGACUAUAGGUAUACUCAAGUACGACAUCCGGCAACCAUCAAACUACCUUGCCAAUAUACAGAAUAUUGGUGUCCGCAUUGCUCGCGCGAAUGCUCUUCAUGGCACUGUUCCCAAACUCUUCGAGCAAGCCCAAGUCUCACAGUACCCACAGGGCUCUCUGGAUUUGAAAAAUAGGUAUCUUUCACCUCAGCCAAUUCAGCAAAUACGGCGGCAUGGCCAUUUGCUGCUGCCUAAUGGUCAAGUUGCUCGGAGUGAGUGGAGGGAGAAAUUCCUCGAGAGCUCCGAGAACUUCCGCUGCUCUCGCAUGCUAAAGAUUUUCAUUGGUACAACCAUUUGGUUUGCAGAGGCGUUGUAUUACACAAGUCUCGUGAUGCCGGUUGCUGAAGCUGCUGAUAAGGUCAAGUGGCAGGGUGUUGCAGUCGUCAAGUUAUUCUCAAAACCAGAUCAAGCUCUCGCCGAGUUAUCACAGCAAACUGUUCUUAGCUGUGUUUACACUGAGGAACUGCGAGUUAUUGCCGUGUCAGACAUCCUCAGUGUCGUUGGCAUGGUACCCCGCAGGAUGAUAUUCCCAUCACAGGUUGAAGGGGACCGCUUUUUUGUCACAGAAAAGCCUGGGUUAGAUACUUCUCGCUCGGGAGAUCACGAGCCACUGGAGGACCAGGAUGAUGUAGACAAAUAA